AUGGAGAUGGGACUCAAGCUGGCCAAGUCCGAGGAAGAGAAUGAUGUCGAUGCAACUAACUACAGAAAGAUUGUCGGAUGCUUUCGUUAUCUCCUUCAUACUAGGCCUGACUUGUCAUAUUGUAUAGGAGUGCUAAGCAGGUAUAUGGCAAAGCCGAAGGAGUCACAUGGAGUGGCAAUGAAACAGUGCCUCCGAUAUCUAAACGGUACUACUACGUUGGGCCUUCAAUUUGAAAGAUCAAGUUCUAAUGCGAUGAAGUUGGUUGGAUACAGUGACAACUCUUACAUUACCGAUCUUGAUGAUGGAAGGAGUGUAACAGGGCAUAUAUUUUACCUCGGUUCUAGUCCUAUUACCUGGUGUUCUCAGAAACAAGAGACAGUGGCACUAUCAUCAUGUGAGGCUGAAUUCAUGGCGGCAACAGAGGCAGCGAGACUAGCUAUAUGGUUACAAGACCUUCUUGGAGAGAUCACUGGAGUUCUAUUCAACAGAACCACCAUUCGAAUAGAUAAUCGUUCGGCCAUUGCACUCUAA